AUGUGCUCGCCGCGCGCGCCCCCUCCCCCACGCACCGGCCACGCGGGGGCGGCGCGCGAACCCCCUUCACCCCCAACUCCCCGCAACCGCCGGACGCGGAGCAGCGCGCCGUGGGGUUGCGUGAUGCCGGCCGGGCUGCGGGGCUGCGCGGUGCUGCCGGCCCGGCUCCACGCGGGGCUGCGCGACCCGGCCGGGCUGAGCCGAACCCGCGGCCUCGGGCUCCGCGCGUGGCUCCGCGCUGUGGGGCCGCACGCCCGGGAUCCCCGCGCACGUGGGGCCGCUCCCGUCCCAACCCCGCGCCGCGGCCACGCGUGGCUCAGGCGCUGCCGACGGAGAGCGCGGCCCCACCGCGGCGGUGAAAACCCCACGAGGAAGAGGCCCCGGCCCGGCUUGGCCUGCGUGCAGCCCGACCCACGGCUCGCCGCGAGGGCCUGCGUGGGGUUGGGGGUCUGCGUGCGGUUAGGUGGGGCUGCGGGCCGGCCCCGCUUUGUGGCCCGGGACCCCGGCCCCGAUUGCAGCCCGCUCCCCGGGGUGAGGGGUCGGUGCGCCUUGGCGGGCGGCCUUCGCAGGAAUGCUAAAAAUGUGCUAAUUGUGCCCUGCCGUGCCUCCCGGAUUAGGGGUAGCCGUCAUUUAGGAAAUAGGAGCGUGGCUCCAUCGAUAGCGAAGGGCUUCGCCCCGCAUCCCCCCGGCCCUCGGGUUCGGUGCGGCGAUCCGGAGGUUCCUGGCAUCGCCCUGAAGUUGGAACAAAAAGGUCCCCAUGGAAACCGGGAGUCAUCUAUCAGUACCGCGUUCGGUACGCCACGAGAAAGGGGCUUUUGUCCCAACGACCUGCAGAAAUUUGGACUCUUUCUACAACUGGAUCGUGUGCGUGCACACACACCAAGAAGAGUCAGAACUAUUGUCCGACCUUUUUCAUGCAGAGGAAAGCUCGGUGAGUUGUGUGGAGCUCUCUGCAGGCAGCAAGGGAAAGAAAUGACAGCCAGAAGCAAGCCAGAGAUGGAUACAAGGGAUGCAUCAUUGUGAAACAGAAAAUCGGUUCUCCAAACAAACUGCUGGAACUGAGUGGAUGGAUGGGGAGAUGUCUGACAGAUUAACAACAUGUAGCUGCUUUCUGAAAACCCUCGGAUAUCUGAAAGCCUUAAGGAGGAGUUCUGCUGGAGUUGCAAAGUGACAGAAUGAAGUCAGUAGCCGAAAUGAUGCUGCAGCCACAUCUGGAGUUUGCUUCAGGUGGAGUGCUUUAACUUUCUGAAAGUGAACCAUUGCACAUCUCAGGGUCGUCUUCAAGAGAAACAGGAGAUGCAGAGGAGUACAUCCAAGAGAAGCACUUUAAUCACUCAGCACAAAUUCACUUUCCCAGCCCCACCUGGAGCAGAACUUUCCCUGCAGUUCCCCCAGCACAGCUCUGUACAUCCAUGCAGAAUUGGACUUACUGAGGGGUUUGCCUUCAUUUCGCCCUCUGCCCACUUUUGGAUGCCCACAUACCUGCAGCCACAUCUCCUGCCCUGCUGCCUUGUCUCUGUUGUACUGCAUUCCGAUGAAAAAUAGACGGAAUGAAAAUUAUUUUCCUCUUGUGAGGACAGAAUAAAUAGAAAUACUUUCAGAUAAUGAUGCAAUUUUUUCCUCAGUAUCACUGAAAAAAUUAACUCGGUUUUGUUUUCUGAAUCGCUCCUCUGUAUUUGCACUUCUCUGUUAAACAGCAACUGAGAACAAACCGAGAAUAAAAGUGGAGAGCAUUUUUAUUACAAAGGAUUUCACCUUUCUGUCAUUUUCGUACUAAAACAGAUCUGAAACUGAUAUUCACCUCUUUAGUUCAAUUUUUGUUUGACUUCAUUGGAGAAACUUUGAUAUAGAAAAACAAGAGAUGGAUAACCUUUGUUUCUCUGCAUUUUGUGUGUGAAAUAUACGUACAAAAUCAACAAAUCCUGUCCUAAAUGAGACCAAUCUACACAUAAAAUGGGAAAUUAUUUGCAAUCAGAAACAAACAGCAAUGGCAUGGAGUUUGAGUCUAUUUUUCUUUCUUUUACAGUAUUGAUUGCUAUAACGAAUAACGUAAUGUUUGCUGUAUAUGAGGGAUCACCUCAUGUCUUUUUAAGAGCUCUUUGACAAUCUUAUAUAGGCAUGUUUGUUAAAACAAAAUGCAAAGUUAGAGAGCAAAAUCUGCUCUGUCUCCUAUUUACUUUUGUAGCUCAGUGGAUAUGUAAAAGUGCUGGAUUCUGCAUUCAGCUUUCAGCAGGCUGAAAUUCAACUUCUGGGCAGCA